CCCCCCGUGUGAUGAGAGUUCGCUUUGUUAUGCUGGCUCGCUCCAAGGAAAAAAAAUGAUAGCUGGCCGGUACGCCCAGCGGAUUGAUACGCUGGCACACUUGGAAAGUGCACAACGUUAAGGAAUACAUACGUGCUUUCACCUUUGUAAAAAUCCAUUAUCUUCCACUGGAUUGGAUGAGUCAUCUGCGUUCGCGGAACUCGGAGUUACAUUGAAUCACUUUGGCUCGGCAACGAAACUGUGCUCACAAGUCUUCACCUCGUGUCAUCAAUUAAGUUGUCGUUACACUUUUGACACUUGUAACGAGAAAGCUCUUGCUUUAUCUAUAUUGUCUAUAACGAUGUAGAUUAUUCACUUAAAGAAAAAAGUAGAAAAUUUGUUUUCGCAACAUUUGCGUGAUGUAAUCACGUACGUGUCUUUAUCGUAAUUAUUUGUCGUCACCUCGUAAUUUUUGGUGAUACCGAAGUUCCUCCGCAUUGUCAUUUGAGAGGAAUGCGAUGCAUAUGUAUACCUCUAUAUCGUCAUUAUUAAGGAGCACUGGCAUAACACAGCGUAUGAUGUCAUCGUAAAUGGCCUGUGACAAUGCGGGAGAAGAAAGGCGGUGCUCUCAGUAGAGUACAAAAAUUAAAAAAGCGCCUUAGUCACAGCUUUGGACGGCUUUCUAUAUCAAAAGAAGAGGCUGAUGAUGCAACAACGAGAGGUCAAUUGCCAUAUAAUGGUUAUUCUGAGGAGUUCCUAGACCGCUUGGAGCCAAAUGGCAACAUACCUGCGGACAAAGAUCGUCGUUAUGAAUGGACAGGUGUGGGCGAUCACGAGAGAGUGCAUCGGCAGCUUUCGGUCUCUAGCGAUUCGAAGCUUCUCGAUGAGGAUAUACGGGAGGAGGCUAGGGUAAUUCUGCGGCCCCGACGUCCACCGCGGCCCAAAUCUGAAGUUUUCCUUGGUCCGGAUCCACCUAGAAGAACUAAAAGAUUCUCCGCUUUUGGGGGAGAUUCGCCGUUCGGUAAAUCCGAAGCUUAUAUAAAAUUGGAGCAGUUGGGAGAGGGAUCAUAUGCCACAGUGUUCAAAGGCUACAGCCAUCUCACUAAUCAAGUGGUGGCUCUUAAAGAAAUUAGACUGCAAGAGGAGGAAGGAGCUCCGUUUACUGCCAUUCGCGAGGCAAGUCUCCUUAAAGAGUUGAAACAUAGCAAUAUCGUGACUUUACACGAUAUCAUUCAUACCCGCGAGACGCUCACCUUCGUGUUUGAAUACGUUCACACCGAUCUGUCGCAAUACAUGGAGAGGUACGGAAGCGGGAACGGAGGGCUGGAUCCGCGUAACGUUAAGUUGUUCCUUUUUCAACUGUUGAGAGGACUGGCAUACUGUCAUCGCAGGAGGGUACUGCACAGAGAUGUGAAGCCACAGAAUUUAUUAAUCAGCGAAAUAGGAGAACUUAAACUGGCAGACUUUGGGCUGGCGAGGGCAAAAUCCGUGCCAUCGCAUACAUACUCACACGAAGUCGUGACCCUGUGGUACAGACCGCCCGACGUUCUUUUAGGUUCCACAGAGUACUCCACCUCGCUCGACAUGUGGGGAGUGGGUUGCAUAUUUGUGGAAAUGUUAACCGGCGAACCGACAUUCCCAGGUGUACGCUGUACGUACGACCAGCUCGAUAAGAUAUUUAAAGUGCUCGGCACACCCACCGAGGACACUUGGCCGGGUGUCACGCAUCUGCCCGGGUAUAAGGCGCAUAGACUGAUAUUUUAUCCGCCGCGGAAACUGGGACUCUCGUUUCCCCGGCUCUACGAUAUCGCCGAGGGCGACAGUAUGGCGUCGUCGCUCCUGCAGCUGAAUCCCGAUCAACGGAUAGGUGCGGAGGAGGCGUUACGGCAUCCCUAUUUCACCUCUCUUCCUAGGAAACUAUAUGAAUUACCUGAUGAAGUGUCGAUAUUCAGCGUAGAAGGUUGUCACUUGUAUACAAACUCGAGGCACGGGUGCGCGGAAUCGCGUCACACGGCUCUUAAGACUUGAGGUUAAAGCAAACGUUAAAUGAGUAAAUUAUAAGUAAAUUCGCAAUUUA